CCCAGUCUUUCAAGGCUUGUGUUCCAUCACACCCAGCUGCAGAUCCUGGCGCCCAUAUCCAACAUGGCGCUCUCUCCCGUCUGUGACACGUACAGGUAAUUUACCAUCCUGAAGGGUGAGAAUUAGAGAAGGAAGAGACGGCAGAAGGAGGAGAGAAGAAGCCUGGCUCCGUACCUUGGGAGAGUAGGAGACAGAGGGAGGGAGAAGGAGGCAGAGAGGAGGAGGGGAGGGAAAGGGUUGCAAAGAGAGAAGAGGCAGAGGAAUAGAUGCACAAAAGAAAGGAGAGGGGAAAACUGAUGAAAGAAGAGAGGUAGACAGUAGGGGAAGGGGGAAAGACGCUGCAGGCUCAGGAGAGGGAGAUGGAAGAGAGAUUAGACAUAUUGAGUUAUGCAGAAGAGGGAGGUUAGACAGAAGGCCAAAGAAGCAUUCCCGGGAACAGGGUAAAAGACUGAGGGAAAGAGAAGAGAGUGCUGAUAAGGGAUCCAAGGGAAGGGGAUAGAAACUAAUACAUCCACCAACCCACUCAUAGUGCCUGACUACCCUUCCACCUAUCCCAUCCUCUGCCAUCCCCUGCGCCCACACACCUGCACCUCUGCCUGCCUCUCCGCAACCCUCCCCAUGCCCCUAGUUUGGCUCUGGCUGCCACACCUGACUCUGUCCAUGGAUUAAAAAGUCUUCAGCGUCCCAGGGGAGCAUCACUGCCUCCUCCUCUGAGAUUUGACUGGGCACCAUCUGUGAAGCCGGCUGCUGCCAUCAAGAUCUAAAUAGCAGGAUGCUGUUGGCCAAAACUCCAUCUCUACUACUGGUGCAGGUCAUCACUGCUGGGAUCAGUUUUGCCCUUACCUCUCUCCAGGACCAAUGUGAAACCCUGCAGCACACGUCUAACAUUACAGGUCUUGCCUGUAACGCUUCCAUUGAUAUGAUCGGCACUUGCUGGCCCCGGACGGCAGCCGGACAGAUGGUGGCCAGACCCUGCCCUGAGUAUUUCCAGGGGGUGCAAUACAAUACGACAGGGAAUGUGUACAGAGAAUGUCACCUGAAUGGCAGUUGGGCUGGCAGAGGAGACUACACUCAGUGCCAGGAGAUUCUGAAGCAGGAGAAGAAAACCAAAGUUCAUUAUCACAUAGCGAUUGUGAUUAACUUCCUGGGUCACUCCAUUUCCCUCUGUGCUCUCCUGGUGGCUUUUAUCCUGUUCUUGAGGUUGAGGAGCAUCCGGUGCCUACGUAACAUCAUCCACUGGAACCUCAUUACGGCUUUUAUUCUGCGCAAUGUAACCUGGUUUGUGAUGCAGCUCACGCUCAGCCAUGAAGCACAUGACAGUAAUGUGGUUUGGUGCCGCCUGGUCACCAUCGCUCACAAUUAUUUUUAUGUGACCAACUUCUUCUGGAUGUUCGGGGAGGGCUGUUACCUGCACACGGCCAUUGUGCUGACCUACUCAACUGACAAACUGCGCAAAUGGAUGUUCAUCUGUAUUGGCUGGUGUAUCCCCUUUCCCAUCAUUGUGGCUUGGGCCAUUGGCAAACUUUACUAUGACAAUGAAAAAUGCUGGUUUGGUAAGAAAGCAGGAGUCUACACAGAUUUUAUCUACCAGGGACCAGUCAUCCUUGUGCUGCUGAUCAACUUCAUAUUUUUAUUCAACAUUGUACGGAUUCUGAUGACAAAGCUCCGAGCUUCCACCACUUCAGAGACCAUACAGUACAGGAAAGCUGUUAAAGCCACCCUGGUGCUCCUGCCUUUGCUUGGGAUCACCUACAUGCUCUUCUUUGUGACGCCCGGGGAGGAUGAAAUUUCACGCAUCGUCUUUAUCUAUUUCAACUCUUUCCUGCAGUCCUUUCAGGGUUUCUUUGUAUCCGUUUUCUACUGCUUCCUUAAUAGUGAGGUACGUUCAGCAGUCCGGAAGCGCUGGCACCGCUGGCAGGACAAGCAUUCAAUCCGUGCUCGUGUGGCCCGCGCCAUGUCCAUUCCCACAUCCCCCACUCGGAUUAGUUUCCACAGCAUCAAGCAAUCUUCUGCCAUUUGAACUUGCUCUCCAUGAGAAUUUCCCUGAAGCCCCUGCUCUUCUGGAACUCCUCAAACCCCUACAAGAGGAGCCAUCUUCUCAAUGGCUAAAUACGUGGCUACUAACCUUGGCCAUUUACCAGGGGUCAAUAGCUUAUCUUCAACUAGACGGACCAAGACAAUCAACUCAAGAUACAGUGGAGUGUAAGUGCCACAAGGGAGAUUCCGCAAGCAAGAGAGCAGUACUGGUACAGAGCAGAACUGGGGACAGGACUCUGCAUACAGCACAAUUCAUACACUGAUUUAUCACCAGCCAGACACAGAAGAGCUCUGAGAGACAUGGUUUCUGAUUUUUCCAAAGGGAAUAGAUGAUCCCAAUAAGGAUCCUCUUGUCAUUGCCUCGAGAAGCAGGCCACACCAGCUCCAGACCAAGCAGCAGAACCCUACACAAGUAUAAUCAUUCUAAACAAAAAACAAGCACAAUGUUCUACAUAUAUAUACAUAUUAGUGUGCUGUGCACGGGGGUCUGCUUCAGUGCAUUCUGGGACAUCAUUCAAUGAAGAUCCAUGAAUAAUGUGUCAUGUUGACCAGAAAGGGUGGUGGAUAAAGACCUCCAGGGUUUUCUGCUGAGAUGAUCCCUGUAGAUGAACUAUAACAGGCUGAAGUCUAUAUUUUCUGUAAAGUCUGUGAUCAUAUAUUCUGGGAAAUUUAGGUAUAAAUCAGAAUGCCUACUUUGUCUUUCUGUUCCAUGUAGUCUUGACUGAGGACUUUGUGCCUAUCAGGUGUCACCCAAGCCGACAGUCAAGAAAAGGUAUAUGAGACAUGAGAUGUAAAAUGUAUACGUGCAAUUCCAUUGGUAGGCUUGAGAUUGUCCUAAAUCAGCCUUAUGUCUUCCAUCAUGGUGGAUGACAUCCCUAACAUAUAUCCAGUCAUAUUUGCCGUUCCAGCUCAAUUCAUUUUAGCACCUUAUCUAACCUACUCUCAUACGGAGCCUUCAAAGUAACCACCAAAGCCCUAAUCUUGAUCAUCAUAACUGGGUAAGCACCAUAGAGGCCCAUCAUGAAGGUUGUCCAACCCUAACACAUACUGUAUACAGUAGAUGGCAGCCUUGACACCCUCUAUAACCUUCUAACCACACAUAAAAUACAGGCUUAACACAAGGUAUCUCAUAUUUAUAAAUGAAUAUUUUAACACAGCACAGCGCAGAACAGAAAAGGAAUCCCAAUGCAUUAUAUUUAUAUAUUGAAUGUGGACGCAGGUCUAUAUAUGUGUAUAUGAGCAGAUGAAUCCUAAUACAUAUAUUUAUAAGUAACACACGAGAGUUGUUCAGUUUUAUGAAUCAUUGCCGGUGUUGUGACUUCUGUAUUCUGAGGUAUAUCUCCCAGGGAUCUACAGAAACAUGUUUUGUUUUGUAGCUUCCUGAAUAAAGCGGCCCAGUUGCUCUGGAAAACCCAUUAACUUGACUGGUGGAAAGAGGAGAAUGUCCUUGUUAAAUAAAAUCAUUAUAUUUA